AUGGCAAGAUAUCGCUAUCGAUUUCAUGGGUCCAUUGCCGUCAGAAGAUUAUUUUUUGCUGGAACCGAUUGCUACAGUAGAUACGUAGAGGUGACUAUUGCGAAGAGAAAUACGGCUGAAGUUGCCAUUAAAAGUUUGGAAAACAUGUUUGCAACCCAUGGACUACCGUGGACAGUGACAAGCGAUAAAGGUACUCAUUUCGUUGCAGAAACGUUCGAAUCAUUCCUGCAAGAGAACGGAAUUGACCACCGGAAAACAACGCCGUUGUGGCCCCAAGCAAACGGUGAGAUCGAACGCCAGAACAGAUCUCUACUCAAGAGGACGCAAAUAGCAAGAGAGGAAGGACAGGAUUGGAUGAAAGCAGUGCAAACGUAUUAG